AUGGCACCUCCAACUCCUAUUCAAAGUCGAGAAGAGGUUUUAAGAGGUAAAAAAUGCUUAACAAUGGUGGAUAACAAGAAGGGAAAAUGUACAUUGACAUCGAUAACACAGUUUCAAUGUCGGUUUGAGAAUUCUUAUGAAGGAGAGUAUAUCUGUUUGCCUUUUAAAAGACUGUUUGAAGAAUGUUCAGGGAUUAGAAUUGAAGUGACUGAUCGUUUUACUAAUAAUGAUAAAUGA